AUGCCACGUCUAGAAGCAGACCACUUCCUCAUUGCGCGUCCACCCACCUCAAAGGGACCCACUGCACCCAUCUGCCAACUCCAACGUCUCGGCCCAGCUGCUUGUGGCACGCGCAUCCAUACACCCGCGUACGACCUGCGCAGAGCCUCACAUGUGCUCGAUCCACAAGAAGCAAUUGUCACCAGCUACGAAGAUGAACGUCUCGCAGUCUUCAAGUCACCCAAGAGCAAACUGGCACGGCGUGUGAGUCAAGCAACGACACGGCGCAGCAAGAGUGCAUCACCAAGUACCACACCUCAGCGAACGCCUUUGUCAGUGCACAAUUUGAAUGCCUUGACACAUGUCUGUUCUACCGACACACGUCCAUCAGGCACCCUUCGCGUGCACUACAAACCCGAUGCGCCUGGACGCGACUGGCAGAUUGAUCAGUCUUCCGCUGGCUUCACCUUUUGGACACAAUUCAGUGGUGUGACCAACACCAACUUUCAAUUGGUCUGGACACAUCGCUAUAAACCACAACGCAAGACGAGCGCGUCUUCCGUCAUUUCGCGUCGUGCAAGUCGUUCUAAUUCACCAGCACAGGGGAGUACCACUUCCUUAUCUGCUGGGCUCGGAAAACGCAGACUCUCACUACCUGGAUUAGUCUUACAGCCUGCGGAUGAAUGGACGUGUCGUAUUGUGGAUCCAGAUAAAGUCGCCACAGUCGGCGAGUCGCGCGGUGUCAAAGUGGCUAAAUUGACUGUUGAUGAACUCAUCCUCUACCAUCUCCCUUCACGCACCUCAACAGAUCAACCCUCACAAAGCACGGAGACAUUUUCUUCGCCACUGUCACUGAUAGCAGAGCAACCGCAACCGGAACGCAUCAGUCGCACAGUGAUUAUGAGUGCUUUGUGGAUUCUCACACACCCACACGAUCUCUUCCUGAUGCAUGGUCUCGGUCAGGCUCCAGACUGGUUACAUCGACCACGUGGCACGUCUCUGACUGCAUCGACUCUGCCUCGCUCACGCUCACCGCUACGUCGCACACAGGGUGUAACGACACCAGGAACAAGUGUUCGCUCGGGUAGUAGUGCACCAGCCAGUCGAGACGCUUCUCCAAGUCCUGCACCAACAACAGAACGUGCACACUCGCAGUCUUUACACCGUGGUCGUACAAUCAGUACCGAAGAGCCACGAGGACGUUCAAAGUCAAGCAUCUCGAGUAGUACCAUUCCUGGUCGAGCAACAACAACACGACCGACGUGUUAUUCCUUCUUAAACAGUUUCAAGCUUUGGAAACCACGAUCGCAGCGGCAACGAUGA